AUGGCCUCCAAAGACCACGGCUCCGGCCCCAACAAACCUCCCGCCGACGAUGACGGCUUCCCGAAACCCCAGUUCCCCGGACGCUCCGACAGGCCAGGCCCACCGAGCAUCAUCUCUUCGCGUAUGACCGAUAUCGCGUCCGACGACGGCGGGGAAGCCGCCACCCAGCAGACUCUUUCCGAGAACCCGCGCAGGAAAAGCGGCAUGGCCUCCGAGACUGUGUCGCGGCCAGGAACGGCAAAGACAGGCAUGUCUGGAUCCAGGGAAGGCUGGCGACGAGGGCCCCCUCCGCGACUGAACUACAUCACGAGCCUGCACGAGAAGAGGGGGAGCAUUGGCGGGGGUAGCACUGCCGGCUCCGUCAACACUCGGCCUCCUAGUUCUGCAAGCCGCAGCCAUGUCCCAUCUCUCACGUCUUCGGCCUUUUUUCGUCCCAUGAGUUCCCAGAAACUGCAGGCCCAGCGCGGCGGCGCAUCUCGCCCCUCAACACAAAACCGACAGCAACCGACUCUGGAGGAUGCUGAGCCUGCGGAACCAAGUCCUGCGGCUGCGGCUGCUGUGGCCAGUGGCGGACCGAAUGCUCGGCACAGCGUCAUCUCAAACCCGGUUUCGAACCCCGUUGCCCGCCUUCAGAGGCAGCUCAGCGGUGAUGGUGAAGGAAGGCCGCCCCCGUCCCGAGGAACCGAAUACACCGACCAGGGAACCUACGACAGAAUAACCGCCAAUACUAGCCCGACACACGGCCAUUACCCAGCAGGCAGUAUGUCUGAAAGCGUUACCCCGAUAUACCGCCAACAGCGCAACAGCCGGAACCUCAGCGUGAAUGUGGACAGACGGUUCAGGGACCGAGGCAACCAGAGCCCCGCCAAGUCGCCGCGAUCCUUCCGCUCAAGCUUCUUGCUGCCGGGGAGAAGCGACGGCGAGCAGAACAAAUCCAACCGGAGCCUGCCCGGCGCCGAGAAGCUUUCGUCAAAUGCUUCGACUCCGCGGCUGAACCCGGUGGACUCCUCGAGACCCGUCGACAAGAACAACUUGAGGAAGUCGAAAACCAACCUGGGCUACGUUUUCGAAUACUUCGAAGGAAACACCGUCUUCUGUCUCGGUGGUCGUUUUCAAAACACCAAGCAUAGGCCGGUGAACGUUGCCACGGGGCUGUUCAUCAUCAUCCCUGCUGUACUCUUCUUCAUCUUCUCCGCACCAUGGAUAUGGCAUAACAUUAGCCCUGCCAUACCCAUAACGUUCGCAUACCUCUUCUACAUCUGCAUCUCCUCCUUCCUCCAUGCGUCUGUUUCUGACCCUGGUAUUCUUCCUCGGAAUCUUCACGUCUUCCCUCCUCUGGAACCCACCGAAGAUCCCCUCCGACUAGGCCCUCCGACUAACGACUGGACUCUAAUCAAGUCCGCCGAGUCCUCCACGGCGGCCAUGGAGGUUCCCGUCAAGCACUGCCGAACGUGCAACAUCUGGCGACCUCCUCGCGCCCACCACUGCCGUCUCUGCGACAACUGCAUCGAGACCCACGACCACCACUGCGUCUGGCUCAACAACUGCGUCGGCCGACGUAACUACCGAUAUUUCUUUGCCUUCGUGUCAUCCGCCACAUUCCUCUCGCUAUACCUUCUCGGUGCCUCCCUGGCCCAAAUCCUCAUCCACAUGAACCUUUCCGGCAUUUCCUUUGGCCAAUCCAUCGACGACUUCCGCGUCCCGUUUGCGAUGGUCAUCUACGGUUUUAUUUCUUUCUUGUACCCGGCCGCCCUCAUGGGCUACCACAUCUUCCUGAUGGCGCGAGGCGAGACAACUAGAGAGUACAUCAACUCCCACAAGUUCAUCAAGAAGGAGCGCUUCCGGGCCUUCACGCAAGGCAGCAUUCUCAAGAACUGGAUCGUUGUCCUCUGCCGACCUCGGCCACCUACCUACUACCAAUUCAAGAAGCGGUACAACUCUGGCGACCAGCGUCUCGGUGCCUAUCGGGAGCAACCCAAGGGCGACUCCCAGGGCAUGGAGAUGCACAGCGUGAAGCCGGCGUCCGGGUUCCAAGGCCCCCGACAACAUCACGACAACAGCAACCGCAGCCGCGAGGACGACAACCAGUACCCCGACGGCUUCUACCGCGGAACGGGCCGCUUUGCGCGGGAGAACUUUGAGAGCGAGCGGCGCGAGCGAGAGCGUGAGCGCGGCCAGCAGCAGCAGCAGCAGCAGCAGCAGCAGCGGACGUUUGGCGCGUCGCCGUAUCGGUCUGCCGCGUUUGAGUACAUGGACACGGGAGGCAGGGGGAGGAGCGAGGAGGAGUGGGGACGGGUUUUUAUGGAGGCUUUUCGGAGGAGAGCCGGUGGUGGAGGAGGUGGUGGUGGUGGCGGUAGCGGCAGGAUGGGCAUGGACGAGAGGGAGGGAUAUGGAGGAGGCGGAGGGUAUGAGCCGCGCGGAUACGGAGAGGAGCGGGAGAUGGGGUACGAGGAGUUUCUUAGCGGGGUCUUUGGCGGCGGGGGUUUCGGCGGGCGCUUUGGCCCGGAGGCCGGCAGCUACGGCCACGGCUACGGCUCCGGUGGUGGUGGUGGUGGUGGUGUGGGGGUCAGCUUUGAGGAGAUGUUCGGGCCGCCGCCUGGCUUCGGCGAGGGCUCUUCCCCCGGUGCCGGUGGGGGUUACGGUGGAGGAGGAGGCCCGGGGUACAAUAGGGCUGAUGAGCAGAACGAGCGCGACCGGCGGGGAGGCGCGGGGAUGACGCGGGACGAGUUCGAUAACAUGUUCCGGGCGAGGUUUGAGGGCCCGAGCAUCAACGGGUACGCGUCCGGGCCGCCGCCUGCUGAUUUGUUUGAUCGGUGGUAUACGGAUUGGUAG